AUGGGCUUGUCCAAGCUCCGAAGCAGCUUUAAGAUCGACUACAGCCAGCAGGAUGGUGUCUUCAAGUUUGUGAGGAAGCUGCUUGCCCUGCCAUUUCUACCAGAGGAACAGAUUCCCGUCGCGUUCCACGCACUGAAGGAGACCGUCACCAGCGAGGGACUGAUACACAUGACCAACUACAUCGAGAGGACCUGGAUCAACGGCGACAUCUGGACCCCAUCAUCGCGGACCGUCUACCGUAUGGCUGUGAGGACAAACAACGACGUCGAAGGAUGGCACCACCGCAUCAACAGGAGAGCCCAGAAGUCCAGCCUGCCCUUCUAUGUGCUUGUUAUUCUACUCUACAAGGAAACCGCCAGCAUCCCGACCCAACUGAAGAUGAUCAGCGAGGGAAAACUCCGGAGAUACCAACGAAAGACUACAAGACUUCUACAGUGCCACAUCAACCAACUUUGGGACAACUACAACGAUGGAUCCAUCAGCGCCAGCCAACUACUGAAGAAGUGUGGACAGAUCUACAACGGACAGUGAAGAAGGAAAACGUGCCGAAAUUUGUGAUUAAAGUGAAAAUAAUUGUGAUUGAAAGAAGAUAGUGAUUAAAAUAAAUAUUAUUGUUUAUAUUAUUUAUGAUUUGUUUUCAAUA